GGAGCAUAAUGUCACCCCAAGAGCGUUCGACGAGGCGAUGUAUGUUAUGUAUCACCUGCCGCUCCUUCCUGGGUAUGGGCCUAACACCAGCGUCCGUUCUUCUGCUGCCCCUGUCAAAGAAGCCAAAUUACUCCAGAAACGCCUUGCUGAAGCUGAGGAAAUGGCUAUCAGGGAAGACGUACCACGGACUUCGGACGGAUACAUGACGUCUGGAUCCCACACGGAAUCUCACCGACCCCCGCCUCGUCCUGAUGUGGAAUCUGAGGCCGAAGGGGAAGCAGAGCAUACUGAAGAGGGUGAAGGUGAAUGGCAUGGUGCAAACGAGAGAAGUCAGGAAUCGAAGGAGAGGACAGAGGACAGGAGACACGAGCAAGUCGAGGUGAAAGAAGAAGACCGUAUCGCGGACGUGGUCUUCUUUGCUUAUGGCGUUGUUGUCUUCUUUGGACUGGACGAGGGGCAAGAACGGGCUAUUAUCGAGGACAUUAGUACUAAUGCAAGUAUUUUGAAACGACCAAUGAAAGAAGAUGACUGGGAGAUUGAGGAAUGUCGUUUUGCGCAUGACCCAACGAUUUUAUAUCCUCGCAUAUAUCAUGAUUUCUUCACUUUCAAGUCGCCUUCUCAUCUGCUCAAACUGUCCGUUGCACAUGCCCUCGCCCAGUCUACGCUCCUUGCACACUAUGAGUCUGUCGCCUCUUCCGUGCUUUCAUCCCCUAGCACCGUAUCCAUACCACGACAGCUCGCAUCCUCUGGUGCUAUCAACCUCAAACGCCGUGAUGCGAUGAGGCUCACAGGCAAGCUAUUCAAGCUCAGACGCGACGUAAAUCUCGUGAGCAAUGUCUUGGACGUUCCAGAGUUGUUCUGGAGCGAAGCAAGUCUGGGAGGGUUGUAUGAAGCUGUACGAGAAUACAUGGAAAUUGAUGAACGCCUCGAUGCUAUACAUGAUCACUUGAACAACAAUGCAAUGGAACGAAUAACGUGGAUUGUUAUUUGGCUGAUUGUGGUCGCGCUUCUCGUGGAGUUGGCAACAAUGGGUGAAGAGAAGGCCGACCGCAUAGUAUUGCGGGGAGGAGGCGCGCUCAGAGCCCUUAUCAAGAUUGCGUCACAACGAUAGGUCAAGAUAUGGUUAUGGUAUCAUUGCGUUGGUUUCUGCAAGACUCAUCAUAUAAGGAUAGGCUCGGGUCAUUCAUUGGAACGGUAUGUAGCAACGAAUUUGUAAUUUCAAUUUAUAGUAACUUAUACCUCGCUGGUCUUCAAUAUCACUCGGAUCUUGGGUUUUUACAUUUUCCGCUGAUUACAGCUCUC